AUGUCACAAGUUGUUGUUGUCGGAGCUGGUGUCAUUGGGCUUUCAUGUGCACUUACCCUUAGUGAGGGCGGAUAUAAGGUGAAGGUUGUGGCAGCAAACUUCCCAACUGAUCCAUUGAGCUCGAAGUACACCUCAUCAUGGGCUGGUGCUCAUUACAGACCAUUCCCUUCACUCACAGACAAGGAUUAUGAGGAUGCGAUGCUCACAAGGGUUACGUACGACUACUUUAAGAAGUUGUCUGUUGAAGAGCCUGAAUCAACUGUUAAAUGGGUCCAGGGAGUUGAUUUUGUUGAGGAGAAGGGCAUCUAUGGCGUUAACAGCAGAGGCUACUAUGAAGGGAUCGAUGAUAUGAAGAUUGUUCCAAGGGAACAAUAUCCACCAGGCGUUGCCUUCGGUGCCUCUUACACCACCUGGGUCCUAAACUCGCCUUUGUAUAUCCAGUACCUCAUGAGAAAGCUGACCUUCAAGUAUGGGGUCACAUUCACCCGUGCAGAAUUGAUCUCGUUGAAGCAGAUUUCCCAGGCUUACCCUGGCCAUAUUAUCGUCAAUGCCACAGGGAUGGGAUUACAAUGGGACGGUGGUUACGACGGAGAUUGCUUCCCAAUCAGAGGACAGACUCUCCUCGUCAGAGUCCCACAAGACUGCCUGUAUUUGAACAAGACAGUCACACACCAGUCAAAGGAUGGACUAUGGACAUUUGUCAUUCCUAGACCACAUCAUGGAGGUGUUAUCCUCGGAGGCACAAAGCAAUUAGACGACUAUCAGAGCACACCAAAGGAAGAGGACACGAACGCCUUGAUAGAGAGAGCCAAGAUACUAUAUCCAGAGUUGUUCAUAGAGGGACAAUUGGACAUCAGAAACGUCAACGUUGGAUUCAGAUCCGCUAGAAACGGCGGAUUGAAGGUUGAAUUGGAAAAGUAUCCCGGCAACGUAUCCGUCGUCCACGCAUACGGCGCUGGAGGGAUGGGUUAUGAACUGUCCUACGGUGCUGCGAAGAAGGUGGAGGAGAUCGUCAAGGGCAUCUGGCCAAAGUCUAAGCUGUGA